CACGAACUGGCUGCCCCAAGGGCUAGAAAGUCAAAUUCCAGAGAACGCUGGGACACGGACGUAGCUGGCAGCUGGGCUCCUUCCAGACAUAUGCUCUGCGAUCAGACUGGCCUUGCAACCCGGUUAUGUCUCACGAACCUGAAGAACAUACCGUAUCCUAUUUCGCAUGGGGCUUGCAUGAACCAAAGCCACUCAUGCAUAAAUCGAAUGGAAACGGGUGAAACAGGAAGCAACGAGGUUUGCCGCCUGGAUCUGCGAUUGCAACAUGCGCAGGAGAGAAAGAGGUGGCCACGAUAAACCGCCUGCUCAUGAAGAACGUACCCCCAUGCUGCCAAGGCCUGGCCCCAGACAUGCCUGUGACUGGAAAGAAGGAUGGAACAAGCGCCCGAGCCGGGGUAUUUGAAUCUCAACUCCGUUGCCAGUAGUCCUCAAUCAUUGGUCGCUCUUCGCCCUCUCAUGCUCCUCCCGCAGGUGAACAACACCCUUACGCUCGGGUGCAUAGACGAGCCAUUGGACAACGCAAACGGGUCACUCUCUCGCAGCCUCUUCAGCAUUGUCUGGGGCUGUCUGUUGACCAUCUUUGCCUCUGUCUGGGUCUCGGUGCACCCAAAUGUACCCGCCCCGGGGAGGAAGGGAUUUUGGACCGUGACGGAGAGUGUCAAGCUCAUGCUGGUUGCUCUGGCGGCACCUGAGGUAGUGCUUUCCUUUGCCCUCUGGCAGUUCAUCUACGCUCGGACAUCGUAUCAAGCCCAUCGAACUUCCCCAGACUCCCUUUCGAUGACCCACGCCUUCUUUUUCUCGAUGGGCGGAUUCAUCGACGCGGACGGCAAGGUCAUUGCUACCGAGGACCAGCUUAACGAGCCCGGUGUUCUCGAAGCUAUCGCAGCUGUGAAGCAAGCGGACAUCGAGGACAAGAGCAAGGGUGAUGCUUUUACGAAGAGCAUUGCACUGUUGCAGGGGUUGUGGUUCCUGCUGCAGAUGAUCGGCCGGGUUGUCCAGGGACUACCAGUCACGCAGCUCGAGGUGGCCACAAUGGGCUUCGCCGCGCUCACCCCGAUUGUGUGGCUUCUCUGGUGGCACAAGCCUCUCGGUGUGCAAAAACCGAUCGUCCUUCAAGUCCAUCUGAAGACGCCGAGUACCUCAGCGCGUGGCGACACCCUGUCGAAGGAGGAUGCGCAUCAGACCAAACUCUGGGCCAAGAGGCUUGCUGAGAGAUUAGAUGGCAUCCUAUUAGGCCAAUACCAAGUUCCGACGGGAGGAUUCGUCCCCACGUUUUGGUCUCAAAACAUCACAAGCCGUGAUCGGGAACUCACCUGGCAGCCUUUUUCUCUGAUGCAGUUCAGUCUACUUACACAAGCUGUAUUCGGCCUCAUUUUCGGAGGCCUUCACUGCGCUGCAUGGAAUAUCCACUUUCCCUCUGUGAUCGAAAAAUGGCUGUGGAGAAGCUGUGCCAUCUCGGUCUCGCUAGGACCCACCAUAUUCAUGGGCGUAUUGAACAUAUUUCACUUUUCAAGAGACAUCCAUAGCUCUACAUACGCACUCCUUGUGCUAGGGCCCCUUCGCCUCGGGAGCAUUGCAUCGAUCAUCCUCUAUGUCUUUAUUCGACUGGCUCUGGCCAUCCUGAUGUUUACCUCUCUCCGAGCCAUACCGAUUGGCGCUUUCUUGUCUGUAGAUUGGACUGGAUUUAUUCCCCACUUUUUGUAA